UGGGUGGGAGGAUGGAAGGGGGGCUAGGUUUCCUGGAGGAAUGGGAAAAUAUCUGAAUCCAGGAGGGGCCACUCCCAAGGGGAAUAAGGACACCUGGAUUCCUGAGAGGAAAAACGAGGCCGAGUGCCCAUUUCCCCUCCCACUUUCCCACCCCUGGCUCUAGGGGCAUCAGACAUUAGCCUGCACUGAAUGCUACUUUCCUCAGUGAGCCCCCAGGCAGGAAGAAUUUAAAGGCAGAAAAGUUGUUAAAGGAUCAAAUGUAAUUGCUUCAAGGGAGUUGCUGGGGUGAGUGGUUUGUGUGCGUAGGUAGGCCUGGGGGCCCCAGACUGGGGUAGGGGAGAGGAUCCUGGACUCUCAGGGGACCCCUGAGGGGUAUGAGGUUGAAGGGCAGGAAAGGGACACCCUACCCGCCCCAGUCUGGAGAGUUUUCUUUCUUCUGGCAUCUCUGAGCCUUUGACUCUCUCAGGCUCUCUUUGUCCCUGAGGGACAUUUAUUGAGCACCCACGGUGUACCAGGCUCCGAGAGUUCUGAGAUGGGCAGGUCUUCACAGAGAUAAAUCACCCUUUCUCUUUGCUUCUCCUCCUGGUCUCUGUUCCUCCCUCUGUCCCCAAAUCCAGGGACCUGGGAGCUCCCUCCCCCCCCCCCCUUCCAGGUUCCCUGUUGAGAGGUGUUCGUUGCCAUGGAAACAAUGACACAAUGACCUUGGGUUUGGGCAGCCCCUCCCCCAGCCUGUCAUUCCUGGGGGAGGGUCCACAAGCCCAGCUCCAAGCCCUCCCCAGCCCUCCCUGCCAGAGCACACCAUCCCCCUCACCACUCCGCUCAACUCAACACUUGCCCCCCUUGUUUCCAGACUGGACCAGCCCUUUGCAAAGAGUAACCUGCAGACAUGAGGACAAUUGGUAGGGGUGCAGGUGUGAACUGGGGCUGGGAAAGGAAGGCCUCUCUGAAGCGAUUGCAUUUGAGUUCAGACUUGGAUGAAAAGGAGGAAUCACUACAGUGGGGAAAGAGUGCAAGGACCCCAGGAGCUGUGAUGAACUGAUACUGGAGAAGUAGAAAGAUCAUGGUACCGGCCCAGGCCCUAACUCCCUGCAGAGAGGUGAGUGGGGUCCCUCAGGCUGGGGAGAGAGAUGUGGAGUGAUUGGGCCUGUUCUGAGCCAGCUGGAGGCCUGGAGCCCUGCCUGAUGAAGAAACCGAGAUUCAGAGAGGUUCAGACACUUGCCCGAGGUCACACAGCUAGUCUCCCGCCCCACUCCUCCCGCCUUCCCUCUGCACCAUGGCUCCGGGCCCCUUCUCCUCGGCGCUCCCCUCGCCGCCACCUGCCGCCCUGCCCUUUCUGCUGCUGCUCUGGGCCGGGGCAUCCCGUGGGCAGCCCUGCCCCGGCCGCUGCAUCUGCCAGAACGUGGCGCCCACGCUGACCAUGCUCUGCGCCAAGACCGGCUUGCUCUUCGUGCCGCCGGCCAUCGACCGGCGCGUGGUGGAGCUGCGGCUCACUGACAACUUCAUCGCGGCCGUCCGCCGCAGAGACUUCGCCAACAUGACCAGCCUGGUGCACCUCACCCUGUCCCGUAACACCAUCGGCCAGGUGGCCGCCGGCGCCUUCGCUGACCUCCGCGCCCUCCGCGCCCUGCACCUCGACAGCAACCGCCUGGCCGAGGUGCGUGGCGACCAGCUCCGCGGCUUGGGCAACCUUCGCCACCUGAUCCUCGGCAACAACCAGAUCCGCCGGGUCGAGUCAGCUGCCUUCGACGCCUUCCUGUCCACCGUGGAGGACCUGGAUCUGUCCUACAACAAUCUCGAGGCCCUGCCGUGGGAGGCUGUGGGCCAGAUGGUGAACCUGAACACCCUCACGCUGGACCACAAUCUCAUCGACCAUAUCGCUGAAGGUACCUUUGUGCAGCUGCACAAACUGGUUCGCCUGGACAUGACCUCCAACCGCCUCCAUAAACUGCCCCCCGAUGGGCUCUUUCUGAGGUCCCAAGGUUCGGGGCCGAAGCCGCCCACACCGCUCACGGUCAGCUUCGGCGGCAACCCUCUGCACUGCAACUGCGAGCUGCUGUGGCUGCGGCGGCUGACCCGAGAGGACGACCUGGAGACGUGCGCCACCCCGGAGCACCUCACCGACCGCUACUUCUGGUCCAUUCCCGAGGAGGAGUUCCUGUGUGAACCCCCGCUGAUUACACGGCAGGCGGGGGGCCGGGCCCUGGUGGUGGAGGGCCAGGCGGUCAGCCUGCGGUGCCGCGCUGUGGGUGACCCUGAGCCCGUGGUGCAUUGGGUCGCACCCGAUGGGCGGUUGCUGGGGAACUCGAGCCGGACCCGGGUUCGGGGGGAUGGGACACUGGAUGUAACCAUCACCACCUUAAGGGACAGUGGCACCUUCACGUGCAUCGCCUCCAACGCCGCUGGGGAAGCGACGGCCCCCGUGGAGGUGUGCGUGGUACCCCUGCCUCUGAUGGCGCCCCCGCCGGCCGCCCCGCCGCCCCUCACCGAGCCCGGCUCCUCAGACAUCGCCACGCCCGGCCGACCCGGUGCCAACGAAUCGGCCGCCGAGCGCCGGCUCGUGGCGGCCGAGCUCACCUCGAACUCGGUGCUCAUCCGCUGGCCGGCCCAGAGGCCCGUGCCCGGCAUCCGCAUGUACCAGGUCCAGUACAACAGCUCCGCAGAUGACUCCCUUGUCUACAGGAUGAUCCCAUCCACCAGCCAGACCUUCCUGGUGAAUGAUCUGGCAGCAGGCCGCGCCUACGACCUGUGCGUGCUGGCAGUCUACGACGACGGGGCCACUGCACUGCCGGCCACGCGAGUGGUAGGCUGUGUGCAGUUUACCACUGCCGGGGAUCCCGCACCCUGCCGCCCACUGAGGGCCCAUUUCUUGGGUGGCACCAUGAUCAUCGCCAUUGGGGGCGUCAUCGUCGCCUCGGUCCUCGUCUUCAUCGUUCUGCUCAUGAUCCGCUAUAAGGUCUACGGCGACGGAGAUGGCCGCCGCGUCAAGGGUACCUCCAGGUCGCCUCCGCGGGUCAGCCAUGUGUGCUCGCAGACCAACGGCGCAGGCGCAUCGCAGGCCCCGCCCCCGCCGGCGCAAGACCGUUACGAGGCGCUGCGCGAGGUGACGUCCCCAGCUGCUGCCGCUUUGGCGGUCGAGGCGAAGGCCGCCGCCGCCGAGAUGGAUUCCACCGAGCCAGAGGCCGUCCUUGGACGCUCCCUGGGCGGCUCAGCCACCUCGCUGUGCCUGCUGCCGUCUGAGGAAAUCUCUGGGGAGGAGUCUCGGGCCACGGCGGGCCCUCGGAGGAGCCGUUCCGGGGCCCUGGGGCCGCCGGCUUCGGCGCCCCCCACUCUAGCUCUGGUUCCUGGGGGGGCCCCGGCCCGGCCGAGGCCGCAGCAGCGCUAUUCGUUCGACGGGGACUACGGGGCACUCUUCCAGAGCCACAGUUACCCGCGCCGCGCCCGGCGGACAAAGCGCCACCGGUCCACGCCGCACCUGGACGGGGCCGGAGGGGGCGCGGCCGGGGAGGACGGAGACCUGGGGCUGGGCUCCGCCAGGGCACGCCUGGCCUUUACCAGCACCGAGUGGAUGCUGGAGAGUACCGUCUGAGCGGCGGGCGGGCGCCGGGACGCCUGGGUGCCGCGGACAAACACCCAGCCACCCGGACGCUGGGGCAGGACUCGGGGGAGAAAGCACGGCGCCUAGUGGUCAGACUGGAGGGGGAGACGCGCCCUUCUCCUCCCUGAAGGGGGCGAGGCUGCCUCGUCUGCAGCUCUUGGCCACGCCCCCGGGCCCGGGGGAGUUAGGGGGCGGGCAGCCGGGCCCCCCUCCUCCAAGGACUCCUCGUCCCCCUCCUGCCCCUCCCCCCGCGCGCUCGCGGACCUCGCUGGAGCCGGUGCCUUACACAGCGAAGCGCGGGGAGGGGCAGGGCCCCCCUGACACUGCAGCACUGAGACACGAGCCCCCUCCCCCCGCCCGGGACCGGGGCAGGGGCGAGGGGCCCAUUUCUUGUAUCUGGCUGGACUAGAUCCUAUUCUGUCCCGCGGCGGCCUCCAAAGCCCCCACCCCCACCCCAUUCACCUCCCUGGUCCCGUCGGGUCUGGCUCGGGGUCCCCCUUUGUUCCCUUCCUCUCUGUCCCGCCCUAUGUCGUCUUUGUCUUAUGUCUCUGUCCUUCCCUAUUUGUGUCUCUCUGUCCCGCCGUCUCUUCUCCCUCCCAUAUCUUGUCCAGUCUCCCUCUCUCUCCUGAUUACCUGUUCCCACUACACACUCUCCCGGGCAGGUCCCACUGGAAGGACCAGAGUCUCCCCUAUCCCUCCUUCUUUCCCCAAAUAAACCCCCACAUGAACAAGAUCCAAAACCAAAUCCUCCCCUCCCUGCCGGAGCCGGGACCCUCCGCCGCAGCAGAAUUAAACUUUUUUCUGUGUCUGA